AUGUCCAAAGAACAAGGUCAAGAUCGGAAUAUUGAUGAUAUUGAUUGUAAUAAUUCAACUUCUUCAGAUCGAUUGAGUAAAGCUAAAAUCAAUUCGACGAUAUCUAAAUCAAAAAAGAUUAUUGUUACGAAUAAGAAGUUGACAAUGUAUUUCGAUAAAAUGGUCGAGACGUUAAGUAAUAUUUCUGAUAUUAGAAAGAAGUCUGAUGAAAUAAAUGUAUCACAGAAUGAAGAAAGAACUGAGAGUCAGAGCAUUGAAAGGCAACUUGAUGAAACCAUCAUGACUAAAUUUAGCAUUAGUUCUGUCACUACUAACAGUAACAAUAGUAGCAUUGAUUGUCGUACUGAAAUUAAAAGUUGUGGUGAUGAUGAUAAUGUGUAUCACAAUCAGAUCAAGAAUGAAGCAACAAGCAAGCAUUGCCAACACCAACAUCAAAAUAAUCACCAUCAAAGCGAAAUUAAUGCAACAAAUGAAGAAAUUCUAGUUUCACCGAGUAGUCUCACAUGUCAAUCCAGCAGUUUUUCUCAUUUAAAUACAUCACCUCCAAUGUCAUAUGGUGAUGAAUUGAAUUCCAUUCCUGUAACCAGUUCAAUAGAUGAUUUACUUAGUUUAGAUCAAUAUGAUCAAGAUGACGGUAUAUUGAAGGAUUUUUCAUCACAAAAUCAGUAUUCCAUUGAUCGAACAACUAAUUCAAGUUUGGAAAGAUGGUUAUCACAAUCUGAAUUAUUAAGGUGCAAUACGAGAGUAAAACAGCAUUUUCCAAGAGAUGGUUAUUUCUGGUCAGUUGCAUUAUUUAUCAAACUUGGUGCCAAAUUAGUCCCCACUAGCCCAAAAGGUAAAACUAAUCCAUACGUAAAAAUUAAGCACAAUGGAAGUGUGUUAGCUAGAAGUCGGAUGAUUCCAAAUAGUUGUAAUCCUGUAUGGGAUGAAAAAUUUUGGUUUCGUUUAUGGAGCUUAGAUAUGCCAAUAGAGUUGAAAGUCUAUCAUCGUGAUCCAUUUAAAAAAGAUUCAUACAUUGGUCGAACACAAUUUGGCCUAGUAGAGUUAGAUUUAGACAAAGAAUAUGAAUUUAUAUCAAAAUUAGAAAAUGAUCUAAUGAAAACUGUUAAUUCAGGUGAAAUCAAAUUCUAUGUAACAUUAAGUGAAAUUAGUGAAACAUUUAUUGAUAAUUCAGAGUGUAAAAAGUUGAAAAAGAAAAUGAAAGAAGAAAAAUCACGUGUAUUUGCUACGGAAUUCUCAUCACAACUACCUGGCACAAAUUCAUCAACGCUCAUUCAAUCUGAUAAUUAUUCUGUAGCAGAAAAUAUUGGCGUACCAAUUGUACGUUCAGGAAUUAUUAAUAAUUCAGUUACAAGUUCUCAGCAAUCUAAUCCACAAUCUAAUCAAUCAAUCCAUGAUUCAACAGAAAUCGUGGAUUCUACAGAAGAUUUACAAAAUGAUGAUGGGCAACCAAAUUUAUCAAAACAAGGAGACAAAUCGUUACAAAAUCGUAUUGAAGACAACUGGACGGAACGAAACCAAUCUUUACUACCUCAGCCUAUAUGGCCGUAUAAUUUUUACGAAGGUACUAGCCUAGAGUUGUACACUAGCAAAUGUCAAGGUGAUACAAAUGAAAGUAUUGAUAAACUAUAUACAUUGAAUAAUGAAAUACAAAUGGAGAGUUUGUUUCAACAAUCCCGUUUAAUAAUUACGUUGGUCGGUGCAAAAAAUUUAAAAGUUCGAACUAAACUAAAGAACGUUGUUCCUGUCAGUGAAGCCGAUAGUUCUAAGACACUACGUGGUCGAUCAACAAGAAGCCAUUCAGAUCAUACACUAAAUGGUUUAGAUGAAGAAAAAAACAAUUUACCUUGUCCAACAGCAUUUUUAACUGUUGGAACCAAAACACAUCAAAGUAAAGUUGCAAUGCAUACAAGAAAUCCAUUAUGGAAUGAACGAUUUGAAUUUCGUGUUCGUCCUGGAAUGAGAACAGUACUUCAAUGUGAAGUAUUUGAUGAUUCACAUCAAAAUACCAAUCUACUCGGUCGAUUUUAUUUAGAUUUUUCAAAAAUUGUCCUAGAUUGGACAACAUGUUUCAAAUUGAAUAAUCAGGAUGGUCGAGGUCAUGGUGAAAUACAUAUUUUAGCUACAAUGACCGGAUUAUUUCCAAUUUCCAAUUCCACUAUUCCUAGAACAUUUUCAUCAGAUCAGUUGAAAUUAGAAACUGAUUCAAUUUAUGGUGAUUUAUCAAAAGAAUCUGUCUCGAAAACCACAUUAGAUCAAGUAGCUGAAUAUUAUAAAGUCAGAAAUGCACUUCGAAAAUGGUCGGAUGUCGGCUGGUUACAUGUUGUUGUAAAUAGAGCGUCUAAUUUGCCAGCAAAAGAUCGGAGUGGAAAAUCUAAUGUUUUCUGUGAAAUACGACUUGUUAAUCGAGUUGUACGAACAUUCACAGCACAGAAGAAUGCUAAUCCUAUAUGGAAUCAGGCAUUUGUAUUUCCAAUUGAAGAUAUGUAUUCUGUCUUGGAAGUAUAUAUCUAUGAAGAAGGUAAAGAAUCAUCUGAAUUGAUAGGAUGUAUUUCAUUUCCACUUAUACAACUUGUUAAUCGUCGACAGAAAUGGUAUGCAUUAAAAGAUAAAUCAUUGACAACAUUAGCUAAAGGUUCUAUUCUACUACAAACCAUUAUUAUUUUCAAUCCUCUUAAAGCUUCAAUCCGUGCAUUAUAUCCUAAAGAAAAACGUCUAUUUGUUGAAGAUAGUAAAGUUAAACUAAGAGAUUUUACAAAGAAGCAUUUACCUCUCUUACAACGCAAUAUUGAUCGUCUUACACCGUAUAUAGAUCAUAUAAAAAAAAGUGGACAAACUUUUCAUAAACUUUAUUCAUGGGAAAGACCAUUUGUAUCAUUAAUCAGUUUGAUAAUUUUUGAAUUGGCUGUUUUAUUUUUUCAACCAUACAUGAUUGGUUUCUUCUUGGCUUUAUUUAUGAUCAUUAUGUUGAUUGUCCCAAGGAUAUAUUCCACUUCAUCAUCAUUAUUUUCCCCAACAUCAAUAAAUUUCUUCCGAUUCUCUAGAUCUAAAGAUUCAGAUAGCGAGGAGAACGAAGACGAUCAAGACAUCAUUGAUCCAGAGAUUUAUGGUGACUACUCUGAUAUGGAUGAUGAAGAUGAAGCAAUUUUGAAGAGAAAGAAAGAUAAAAAAUCUAGUUUAACAGCAAAGCUAAAUAAGCUUCGUUCUGUACUCGGAACAUUGCAAGAUAUUGCUGAGUCGAUAACAUCAUUCCUCGAACGACUGAAUUAUUUAUGCAGAUGGAGAUAUCCUUCGUUAAGUUGUUUAUUCUUGGUGACUAUUUUAAUUAUUUCAAUAAUCCUCUAUUUCAUACCUUUACGAUAUAUUAUUUUUGGAUAUACUCUGAAAAAGUUCACACGUAAAAUGCGCAAUCAACAAAGACCAUCUACUACAUUAUUUUUCGGUAUUUUAAAUAGAGUUCCUAGUAGAAUGGAGAAGAUUUAUUACAGAGAACUAAGACCUUUGUCUACUCCACCAGCUGAAAUAAAACAAUCAAAUCUGUUAUUAACUGCCAAAGUAGGAGGAGUACAAGUUUAUUCAGUAACGAAUGGUUAUCAAAGUAAUGUGGAAUGA